GGGAACCGCACCAUAUUCACCCAUUAUUCCGCAUCGCCGCCUUGCUCCCCACUGGCCUGCCUACUUCAGCAUUCUUCGAGCAUUGACCUCUCUUUGAAGCCAUUGACCGGCGUCGAGGGUGUUUGUUGUGGUGGGUUCCGUCGGUACUUUCAGCUAGCUGAGGAACAUAUCAUGUCCACCCUGACAAAUCAAAACAAGGCGCCAGCAUGGUGGGUCGAAGCACUGCCUGCUUGGCAUGCCUCGCUGGUCCAAGAGAGGGCUCACAUGGAGGUACACGGGCCACUAGGAUACUGUAGCUACGACUUUCUGUGUAGGCGUUGUUCAACGCGACAUGCAAGCAAGUCGAAUUUAUGCUUGCAACAUAUGAGGCCAUCGAGAUCGCCACCAAGGGCAGUGGUAUUCACGUCGACGACAGCACGAUCCAGCAACCAAAGGUCAAUCGGCUAGCCAAAACAAGGGACACCAGAUAUCCUUUUCUUGCAUAUGCUACUGUAUGUAGUGAGGGUUCAUCACUUAGUACUUGCAGUGCCUUGCAUCAACUUGUUCACACGGGAGUCGAGCAUGCUACUCUUCACGCUGCGGUUCGUCAUGUUCUUACUAGUGUCCUCCAUUCUAUUGUCCAGUUUGCGGCUGUGGAUGGUCGUAGAUGGCCAACCCUACGUUGGAGAUGGCAGACCGACUGGGAGAAACUGCCCGUGCCAAGUGGAAGCAGGUGCAUGUCGACUCGACCGGCCACCGCAUGGCGUUCGCGACGGCGUUGCGGGAUCGUGUCCACUCGUUGCUUCGGUGGCUUCGCCACACAUCGCUCAAGACGGCAGAUGCUGCUCCAGCACUGGACGUUUGUUUGCCGUCUCCUCUCGAAAUGUUGGCGUCGACUCCGGACGUGGAUGAUGUGGCUGGUGGCGGUGGACCAAUCCCUUCUACUAUUGACGAUGACGUGGCACGCUACCGUGAUUGGGCGUCCCACGAACGCUUCAACAUUGACCAAGCCCACGCCAUGCAAGUGCACAAUGCCGAGCGAGAAUGGGGCGCGUACCAUGCGUACUUGACAGCCCAAGUGACCGCUGAAUUGGCGUCUUGCGAUAGCAUGGACAACGUCCACGUGGCGGCCAAGAAGCGCACCCUAGUUCGAAACAUAUUUGCGUCGGCGAUGGAGACUGGCGAGCAGCGGAAACUCGACGCGAUGCGCCACCUCGAGAUGCAGCACCGCGACUUGCACAUCCAAAUCGACGCGAAAGAGCUCGAGUUCAAGCUCGUCGUGUUGGUGCGGGAACAGGCCACGGCCGAGUUCCAUCGACUAGACCGUUGGAUUCACACGAGCAUAUCCACGUUGCAAGAUGCUGCGAGAGGAAGCUCGUGGGUGUCUGAUACUUCACCUCUGCCAAGUUGGCUCGUUGACAUAGCACAAGGCGCCCCAACACCACCACGACCCCUUCCAGCGCUGCAAAAGCAGCUUUCCAUUCAUCGCACAAAGCCGUCAUCUUUUGGACCGUCUAGUAGGCAGAGUCGCCAUCGAUUACCGACUGGCACUUCGUCGUCCAUGCCCACUCUGUCGCGCUAAUCGAACGAUGAUUGUGUGUGGGAGGGAUUAGUAGUAAUGUUACACUACUACUGUAGUAUGCAUCAUGGUCAUUCUCAUUGGAGUGUUGGACAAUCCGACCCAAUCCACAUGUCAUGAAUGGACAGCAGGUCGAAGCGAGGAAACAACGAGCGAAAGCC